GUCUCCGAUCCCUAAUUUCUCGCUCCGCCUUUUCAAUGGAGGUCCCUACGAAGCCAAAGACGCAGAUCGAUGAAAUCUCUCACAGUCUCUCGUUUUCUACUUCCAUCGCCGGCGAUACUAGCUGGGACAAAUUCCCCUUAUUCCGUCACCGAUCACGGCAAAUCACGCGCGACACUUGGCUCGUCUCCGCCUUCGUGCUUCUUCAAAUCGUCAUCUUCGCUGUAACUAUGGGCGUCAACGACUGCUCCCGGAACUCUAACGGCCACUGCGCCGCCAAAUUGCUCGGCCGAUUCUCCUUUCAGCCUCUCUCCGAGAAUCCUAUGCUCGGCCCCUCCGCUUCUACAUUCGUAGACAUGGGAGGUCUUUUCUGGAAUGCUCUGGUGGAGAAGCAUGAGAUUUGGCGUGUUUUGACAUCCCCGUGGCUUCACAGCGGAUUGUUUCAUCUUUUCAUAAAUCUCGGGAGUUUGAUUUUCGUAGGGAUAUACAUGGAGCAGCAAUACGGACCAUUGAGGAUUGCAGUGAUAUACUUCCUCUCUGGCAUUGUUGGUAGUCUCUUUGCUGUGUUGUUUGUUCGAAACAUCCCAUCGAUCUGUUCUGGUGCUGCUUUCUUUGGCUUGAUUGGAGCCAUGCUUUCUGCACUUGCAAGGAACUGGAAUCUUUAUAGCUGCAAGGUUUCUGCGUUAGUGAUGAUAUUCACUAUCUCCACUGUCAAUUUCCUGAUAGGCUUCCUCCCUUACAUAGACAACUUUGCGAAUAUUGGCGGUUUCAUAUCAGGGUUCCUUCUUGGGUUCGUGCUAUUAUUCACCCCACAGCUGAGUCAGGACCCUCCACCUCACAAGGGAAAACUGUUUGAGGAUGAUAUGAAAAGUUCCACAAGGCGUAAAGAAAUGUUUGACAGACCGGUGUUAAGGAUUGUAUGCCUGGUCUUGUUUUGUGGAAUACUUGCUGGGGCUUUAAUAGCAGCGAGCUGGGGCAUCAAUCUGAACCGUCAUUGCAAUUGGUGUCGCUAUGUUGACUGUGUUCCAACCAGAAAAUGGAGCUGCAGUGAUAUGACUACUUCCUGCGAGGCAAUGGUGAGUGAUGCUCAGCUAACACUGACCUGCAUGGCCAAUGGAAAGUUCCGGAUAUUUCCUUUCACAAACAUCUCACAAGCCAGGACACAAGACCUCUGCACACUCGUCUGCUCUUAAACAUGACCUGACCAGGUGCCAACUCCCAUCUAUCACUCCCAUACAUAGAUAGUUGCAUAUAAAACCAAAACUGUCACUAUAAAUAAUCCAUAGUCAAGUCUUUGGCAUAGCCUCAAAUGGAUAAAGAGGGUAGGACUUGUAAUGAGACGAUUGUCUUGGUUCUUGAUACCAUGAAUCUGAAUACUAAAGUUUGGUCCCAUAUGAGGGACCCAGUAGCCGCAUUAGGUGCAUACAUAAACUUUACACAAUCCACAUCAUACGGCAUACAUACGCACACAUGACAGAUGACACAACUGUAUUCAGUCAGCUUCUUUUUACUUAAAUGUAUAUUUUCUUUUUCUUUUUCUAUUAUAUGCUUUAAGAAGAGUGAUGAUGAUGAAAAAUAGGUGUGGCUUUGUGGGUGUAGUAGAAUGAGAAGAAAAGGGCCGACCUUGUCACAGAUAGAGAUAGGGCCACUAAAAUUGAUUAUUAGGGGAAUUUCGAAAUAAAAAAAAAUAUUGAUUUUGGAAAAUAGAAAUGAGAAUGUUACUUAUCAUGUUGAAAUAGACGUAAUAGCAGAAGAAGCCCAUACUGUGGUCCUAAAUCUCAUUAAGCUACCCAACUGCCUACAUCUCAUAUCCUCUCUUAAUAUGCACUUUACAAGUCAUGUUUUUUUGUUUCCUCUAUCCAAAUAUUCAUUCUUCUUCUUUUUUUUCUCUAUUUUAUUACAUAUUCAAGUCACUCGAUUUGUGAUUUCGUUUGAUAGUUUAUAGUUCCAGUUUCUGAG